CCCCCAGGGGGGGUGAAACCCCCCUACCAAACCUCCCGCAUCUUCAACAUCGACAACACCCCCAUGAAGACCAAACCCACCUACAGCUUCUUCAACCCCCAGGACUGGGCCAGGAACCAAUCCAUGCUCCUGGACCAAACCGGCUACCGCUCCAAACGCAAACCCCAGCUCAAGACUUCCCAGAAGACCAAGAAGAUGUUCGGCUGGGGGGACUUCUACUUCAAUGUGAAGACCAUGAAGUUCAGCUUGAUGGUAACGGGGAAGAUCGUGGACCACAUCAACGGCACCUUCACGGUUUACUUCCGCCACAACUCCUCCAGCCUGGGCAACGUGUCAGUGAGCAUCGUCCCCCCCACCAAGGUGGUGGAGUGAGGUCCUGCAGCACCACCAGCCCCCUCAGCUCCCGGUGGAGGUACAGGUCCAGCACACCCCGCAGCAGGCCACCCUGGACCCAGAGAGAAAAAGACCUUCAACUGCCGGGUGGAGUAUGAGAAGACCAACCGCUCCAAGAAGCCCAAGCCGUGUCUGUACGAUCCGUCCCAGACCUGCUUCUCCGAGCACACCGACUCGCACGCCGCCUGGCUGUGCGCCAAACCCUUCAAGGUCAUCUGCAUCUUCAUCUCCUUCUUCAGCAUCGACUACAAGCUGGUACAGAAGGUGUGCCCUGAUUACAACUUUCAGAGCGAACACCCUUACCUUGGAUAG